AUGAAACAGCAAGUAGAAAAAGGCCCUAUGUCACCAAGAAGGCUGCUGAAGCCAAAGAUUUCAGAUGAUUCCAGCAAGGUUUUACCAGUUGACGACCUAUUACUGCUACAGGAACAAGGUGAAACUUCUAUACUGAUUUCGCCAAGCAAUGUCCGUAUCAAAGCCAAGGAUAUUCUGAACAUGAUUGAUAACAGACAGGACUUCAUAACGCUGCCUGACAAUGACUAUUGUAUUUUAAGAAAUGACAUUUUUUCUGUUCUACAUGCUUAUGGCGACAGACAAGCUGAUCAACACACUGUAGAGCUUUUUCUUAUGGAUAUCGAUUUCGACGUGUCGACAUCGAAGCGUCCCACAAAUGCUUUUAUAUUAUACAGAACUGCUUGGGGAAAAACUGUUAGAUCUAUGUUUCCCGAGUUCAAUAACAGCCAAAUAUCAAAAAUUCUAGGAGCAAUGUGGAAAUGGUCUGGUAAUCAAGUGAAAGAUAAAUAUAUACAGCGAGCAAAUGAGUAUCGCAAAAUUCACAAAGAAAAAUAUCCCAACUUUGUAUACAGCACUAAAAGAGUUGAUAAAAACAAGCAAGUAUCAGCAACUGACGAUCAUCAUUUUGAAUGCAAUUACGCCGAUUUGGGGUUACAAGGCUCUAUGGUGAACCAGCUUGUUCAUAGUGGAACAGCGGAUGACAAUAAGUCUGCUGAUGCGCUAGGCAACAACUUCUGUAGCAACAACAAUUACUCUGGAUUUACGCAGAAGCAAAAUUUUGCUACAGUUUCAGAUAUUUCAAACUCUGAGUGGCAAAAAGUAUGCGAUUUAGUCUUGGAUAUACUUAGUAGUGGCAUACCUGAAGACUCCGUUAUCGAUGAUCAAUACUGGGAUAUUUUACAGAAUGUUGAUUUAGAACAAAGUUUCUUUUACAAUGACUGGGCUGCUGCUGUAAACUUAAGUCAACCUUAG